UUGUCAUCUGACAGCUCGCUGUUUUUAGAUUUUGUAAAGCCGAAAACCCUUAUACCCUAUCCUGUUAACACUAGCAGACUACGCACCGUUAAAGUAUGGCAGGAAGAGGUCGUGUACAAAAAAGAAUGAUGGGUUCCAAAGCUGGAUUCCAUCAAAAAGCGGAAUCCCAUGACACGGUCCACCCGCAAGUUUUGAAACAGGCGCGUAAAAGUGGACAGUUAAAUAUAUCGGGCAGAAGUUUAACACAAGUGCCAGAUGCUGUGUGGCGUAUUAAUAUUGAUAUUCCAGAAGAAUGCAGAGAUGUUUCUCUAGCCAAUACCGAGGAUCGUUGGUGGGAGCAAGUAGAUCUCACCAAACUGAUUUUGGCAUCAAAUUGGCUGACAUCAUUGCCAGAAGAUCUGAAACAGUUGCCUGCACUAACUGUCAUAGAUAUUCAUGACAAUCGACUGGAGUCUUUACCAGAUGCUUUGGGACAACUGGAAAAUUUACAGAAGUUAGACAUAAGUCGCAACCAUCUGACAACAUUGUCAAGUAGCUUGUGUCACCUGAAAUGUCUUGUCAGUCUUCAUGUGGAACACAAUCAACUGGCAGAAUUAUGUGAUGAUAUUGGUCGGCUUGAUUCUCUGCAGGACUUGGAUGUAUCAAACAACGUUUUGUCUACGCUUCCUCCAUCUAUUGGAUAUUUAUCUCAGCUGUCCAAGCUAAAUGUUUCCAACAACAAGCUGGUCACACUGCCACCAGAAAUAGGAGAUUUAAAUGGACUGAAGUAUUUUGAUGCCACUCACAAUCAGUUAGUGGAGUUACCACAAGAGUUUGGUAAUUUGCGCCGUCUUGAGCAACUGUACUUAAGACAUAACAAAUUGACAUAUUUACCAAUACUUGAGAACUGUGGCAAUUUAAAGGAAUUACAUCUGGGAAACAACCAGUUAAAUGCUUUGACAAGUGAGCAUUUGGUGCAUUUGAAAAGUGUUACUGUCCUUGACCUUCGGGAUAACAAGAUAUCAAACCUCCCAGAUGAAAUAACCUUGUUGCAAGGACUCCAGAGACUUGAUGUUACUAACAAUGAUCUCAGUGGACUUCCAUACGCCUUAGGAAGCAUUGACUCCUUGAACUCCCUUGUUUUAGAUGGAAACCCAAUGAAAAGUAUCAGAAGAGAUAUAGUCAUGAGAGGUACAGUCAGUCUGAAAAAAUAUCUGAAGAGUCGAAUGGAAGAACCUGAUGUAGUAAGUAAAGCUGACGGAGACAAGGAUUCACCAUUGCCGGGGAUGAGUAGUGAUAGAGUUCGGGCACAUGAACUACAUCAGUUUAAAACUCUUGAUUACAGCAACAGAAAAGCAACUACACUUCCUGAAGACAUCAUGGAGGAGGCCAAAACUAGUGGUGUUGUCUCCAUUAACCUCAACAAAAAUCUGUUCACCAACGUACCAGAGAAUUUGGUUUAUAUUGGCAAUACACUAAGAGAGUUAUACCUUGGUUACAACAAGAUUUCAUCACUUAGUUCUGAUAUUUCUCUCUACCUGAAGUUGACAACACUCGAUCUUAGGUGUAACACGUUGUCAGACUUGCCUCAUGAAAUGGAUGUCCUAGAUAAUCUGAGAGAAAUUACUAUUUCCAACAACAGAUUCACUCGAUUGCCCCCUGUUCUGUUUGAGCUGAAAAAGCUGGAGAUACUGUUUGCGGCCGACAAUAAAAUUGACACAAUAGAUGCAGUUGGACUUCAGAAACUUCCUCUGCUUGCGACACUCGACUUGCAGAACAAUAACUGCAGCCAGAUUCCUCCAGAGCUUGGCAACUGUCUUUCUCUCAAAUCUCUGCAGCUGAGUGGCAACCCGUGUAGAAAUCCAAGGCCUGCGAUCCUCACCAAAGGGACACCAGCAAUACUGGAGUAUUUAAGAGGCAGGAUCAUUACGUGAUAUAUUAUUACGUGAUAUAUAGUGCCUGUUUAUGAAUACUACUUAAUGUUCUCUAUCAGAAUUACAGGUUGCAUUUGUCUUUCAGUUUUGAACUAAUAACUAGAAGAGAACUAAAUAUCCUGCAAUAAUUUAUUCAUGUGACGUCAUACUGUUGUUCCAAGUGUAGAUUAUUUUUCAAGAAUUUACAGCUAUGAACAAUGCAAUUUGAAAAACAAAUUGUGUUCAGGUCAGGGAUUUGAACCCACAAUUUUGUAACAAGUAGAGUGCUUUAGCCCAAGAGCCACACAUCUUUAUGAUGGAAUGAACAUGCAAAUUAAUCUUUUUGAACCUUAUACUGGUGAUAGUAAUAUAUUCUGAUGAAAUACACUAAAGAUUGUCGAAAACUGACACUCAUAGAUUGCACAUUUAACAUAUGCAUCAUAUAUAUCAAUAGCCAAACACCAAAAGGAUCCUGUUUGUUUCGUAAUAUUCCUUACUGUUUUAAUGAAAUAUUUCAUUAAAAAUAUGAUAAUAGUAAUUAAUUUUGCUGUCGCAUUUAACAUUUUACAAAUAAUGGAUUAAUUUGAAGAAGUCACACUUUCUGGUACAUUCUUCGCUAUUUAUACUAUGUCCUUCACUUUCUACUGUCUCUGGCAAGUCCAGUUAUAUACAUUCAAUAGGUUGUAUGCAAAUUGAAAGAAAAGGAAUAUAACCACAUUAACCUAUGGCUAUUUGGUGUCUAGUUAUUCCUACUCUUGGUCUAGAGACUUCUGUUAUGGAGACUUAUUACCACAGAGUAGCAGCAAGACUUUAACAUACACCUUUGUAACACAUACUUUGACCUUUAACAUACCAAUCUGGGGCACUAGAAAAUAACUGGAUCUACUAAGGGCGACUGAUUCACCAACCCGACACACCUGGGGCAAGCUAGGCAAAUGUGAGUUUUCUUUAUGUUGAUUGAUAAAAAGGUAGGGUGCUAAUGCCACACUAGAACGAACAGUGGAAAUUACAGAAGUGCACCAUAAUCUGGUUUGCCUUAAUUCACAUGUAAUUAUUCCAUGUAUGUAAUUUGUAAAAUAAGAAUUAUAGGGGCAGGAUGAAGCUCAGUGGUAGAGCGCUUCCCUGAGGUGCAGUGGAUCAUCACAUAAUCAGUCAUCCCAACCAGUUCUCCCUGAUCGGUACAUGAAAGGCCAUGGUGUGUACUAUCCUGUCUAUAGAAAAGUGCACAUAAAAGGUAACUAGGUCCCUUGCUGCUUGGUCAGUUUGAGUGGCCUAUGUAAUAGCAGCAAGUUUCCUCUUUCUCUCGACCAAGUGUCAAUAUAACAGUAGUUUAAAAUGUGCUGAAUUGUAAUUUAACAAAUAUUUCUGUCCUUUUUAUAUAAAUAGUAUUUAAUAAUGGUGAUUUUUUUAAUUGGCUUUGAUAGCCGAAAGUACUGCUCGGUGAGAAACAUGCAAGUAUAUUAAGCUGGUAGCUUUGUAUGUUUUAUAUUAAUAAAAUGUGACACUCUAAAAGUAAUAUAUUUUUGUAACUUUUUCAUUCAAGCGAUACUAUGAGCAUAUAAUUACUGAAUAUAAUCACAUUUAUAUAUAAAAUCUAUUUGUGUCUAAGUUUAUAGUGUGUAUACUGAAUACUGUGGUUUGUGCAUUAAGGUGUGCAUGUCAACAAUCAAAAGUUCAGGCAUCAAAUGUUUUUUGUUUGUUAUAAAAUGGUGCAUUUAAAAUCAAUUUUUCAAAACUAACCCGAUUCUAUUACGAAUGGAGCACUGCCAAUGAACACAAUUAACUAACAAAUAAAACUACUUUUCAUUCAUAUUGUUGGAUUAUAAAUAAUAAAGUGGUAACAGUAAAAAUUAACUAAAUGUGAUUUUGAUUCAUGUAUAUAAUGACUGCAUCAGGCAUGCACACAUACAACAUUUGUGUCUUAGCAGUUGAAAUUGUUGCAUUUUAUUCCUUAAUUUGCUUUGUUAAAUCUUGUUUUCAAAUAUUUUUUAUCACCUCAGUGCUGAAAAUCUUUUAUUUCAACAAUGUCUUUAAACAUGAAGACAGCCAUAUUGUUCGUCUUUUUGUAUGGUUAGGCUAAGUGAAAACAGUUUCAUUAAUUGAAAUGUUUUGGAUGUAUUAUCAUGGCCUUACAUUAUAAAUGAGUUAUAUAUUUCUGGUUGUGUUUUUUCAUGUUUCAUUAUAUUUAUUUACAAAGUUAAAUUUAUGAUUACAAAAAUGUCAUAAUAUGUUGAUAGGAAACAUUGUUAUGUUUUCCAUGUUUAUUCGACUGCUGAAUCUAAUCCCAGCCAUAUAUUUUUUUUGGUUUUACACCUUGUAAUUACGGCAAUAAAUGUAAUUAGUUACUUACACAGUAUAUUUAUUUAAAAAAUUACAAUAAAGCUCUAAAUGUAA